ACCUUUUAUGACAUCGAAAAAUUUGUCACCUUUUGCAUUCGAUUGUCGGACUGCUUCCACGAUGCACGCUCCACAUAAUGCUUCAAUUGUGCAUGUGCUUCGCUUACUUGUCCUCCUUUCAUCAGUUUCAGUUUUCUUCAAUGGGAUUCCUUCGUGUACCAACGGAAUCCCAGCUUUAGAAGAAAUUCCUUUCACUGCCGGAUCGGACGGUGUACUCCCGCAGUCUACAGUAUUUCGUCGAUCACAAAAUAAGGAAGUCACGACUGAAUUAGAUUUAGGCAGCUGCGGUCCCCGAUCAAAGGUACCUUGUAUAGAGUCAGGAACAUGUGAAUCAAUGCCGUUGCUUGAACCUGCUCGAUGUAGACGGAGAUAUUGCCCCCUAAAUAAGGUUUACUGCCUCGAUUUCGACGGAUGCAUGAUACCUGACCCUAUUUUCAUCUUUUCGCUGUCUCCUAAAGAAAAGAAAUGUCCUAUUCCUUUAAGCCUUUGCGCAAACAAAGACCUUUGUCAAUACGUACUUCGAAAGAAUUAUGAUGAUUUGCGAGAGCCAAGCGUCAAUCGCCUAAAUUGCUCCAUUAUGACAAAUCGAAUUGUCUUUACAAACUCAUCCUGUAACGCUCACAGCGAUUGCCAUUGGACAGCCAAAUGUUGCCCGGAUGGAGGGCUCAAUCGACAAUGUAUCUCCUAUGAGGGAAAGGUGCUACCAGCCAGGAUGUCCAACGAUAUCGACUCCACCACAACUGAAAAUUCGCUUUCAUCGGUACCAUUUAAUCCGGACGAAACAUCCAAUGCGGCUGAUCCUUUGCCGACUUCUUCGCAAAACAAAACAAAAUCAACAAAGAUCCGAAUAAUGAAUUCAUUUAAUACUGUUGUAGAAGGAAGAUUGUUGGAAUUCCAGUUAAGUAUGCGCGUUCAGUUGGCCAAGUCGCUUAACAUCUCUGAAAGCGUUUUCACUAGAAUAAUAGCGCGGAAUGGAAGUAUUCUACUAAAAGUUGAGAUGUCUUCAAUCCACGGUGCCAACACGACGGUGGAAGUCGAACAAGCCCAUGCCAAGCUCGGAUCGAUGCUAAAACAGGGUAGCUUAGUAUUGACUGAUUUAAAUAGUACAAAAUUGGAUGUUCCUCCUCAGCAAAAUGGCCAAGUACUGACUGACGAAACAGGUGGCUACUCAAAUAUUUUCAUCGGUGUCACGGCCGCUAGUUUGAGCUCCACAUUUUUACUGAUAUUUUGGGUCGUUUGGAAUCUGAAAAAGAACAAAACGAUCAAUCCUAUGGGAGGUCAUUCAGAGCGACUAAACAGCCACAGCCUAUUCAUGACUAAACAAUCUACUGAUAAUCUUGGACUAGGAAGAAGCCCAGGCCUUCGUAGGAAUUCGAAUAAUAAAUUCACGACUUUCGCAGAAUCUGAAGCUCAAUGGGAAAUUUUCCAGCAACAUUUUCCCUCAAAGCCGGAUUAUGUUUGGAAGUCCCAAUCUGACGAAACUGUAUGGGCAGGUAUUGACCAUCAAGUGCAGUGGCCGCAGUUAUUGGACGCUCCAGACGAAGAAUCAGUUCCAAUAACCAGUAGGACUACUAAACAAUAG